GAAACUAACCUGAAAAGUUUGAAACAUGUCAAAUAUAAAGAAAACAAAACAGAUAAUGUUUUUAUUUAACUGAAUAUAUUAUUAUUGGAUAGUUAAAAGUAGUAAAUAAAAUUUCAAAAUGGAAGAAGUAUAUGACAAAGGCUGGGGAAAUGAAAAUAGAAUGGACGAAGAUCAGAUGGAUUCGACUGAGGAGCCGCUCGAAAAUCCUAUUGAGGUUUUGAAAGAAUGUGUAGAAAAAUUCACUACAUCAGAUUACAUUAUGGAACCUGGCAUAUUUGCACAACUAAAAAGAUAUUUUCAAGCAGGCGGGAAUCCUGAACAAGUUAUUCAACAGCUUUCACAAAAUUACAUUGCUGUAGGUCAAACUGCAAAUCUUUUGGCCGAGUGGCUAAUUUUAGGAGGUGUAAAAGUAACAGAUGUACAAGGCAUGGUUGAAAAUCAUUUGAAGGAUAUGAUAUUGAAAACAUUUGAUCCCAAGAGAGCUGAUACUAUAUUUACAGAGGAGGGAGAGACACCUGCCUGGUUAACAGAAAUGAUAGAACAUCCUGUAUGGCGUUCUUUAAUUUAUCGUUUAGCAGAAGAAUAUCCUGAUUGUUUGAUGCUUAAUUUUACAAUCAAACUUAUUUCUGAUGCUGGAUUUCAAGGUGAAAUAACCAGUAUUAGCACUGCCGCACAACAAAUAGAAGUAUUCUCACGGGUAUUGAAAACAGCAAUAUCAGGUUUCCUUACAAAUACUGAAGAUUGGCAAAAUAGUGUUGAGGAGUGUGCUAAAAUGGUUUGUCAUGGACAACAUACUUAUGUAUACAGUCAAGUUUUAAUACAUGUGUUAGCAAGGGAACAAAAAGGAGGAGCCUGUAUGAAGAGACUAUCCCAGGAGAUCACUAAAAGGGCUCAACAAAAUCGCCAUGAUGUAACACCAAUAUCAAUGGCUCUCAAUGGUGCAGCUAGCCAUCCACAUGCGUGUCAAGCGCUCUCAUCCAUGCUUUCUCGAAAUGCAUUAAAUCCUGCUGAUAUAUCAGUAUUGUAUAGAAAUUACUCAUCACAUGAACCACCACCAAUUGACUUGAUACGAAAUCCUCAAUUUUUAGAAUUAUUAGUAGAUUCAUUAUUUAAAUCAGGAGUAAAAUUAAAUCCAGAGCACAAAUCUAAGUAUAUAUAUUUACUUGCGUAUGCUGCAAGUGUAGUUGAAAACCCUCGUACUAAAUCUGUUAACCGUGAUGAUUUAAAGCCAACAUCACAAGCGAUUGAAAAGGUUCACGCUAUUUGUAAUGUCAGUAAAGGAUCAACAGAAUUAGUCGCUGAUCUGGGAACAUUGUACCAAUGUAUUUGUUUUCCAGUUGUUUCAGUUGGUAUAGUUAGAUGGGUAGAAUGCACUGUUACAGAACCCAGUUAUUUCAAAUUAAGUACGGAACACUGUCCUUUGCAUUUAGCACUUCUCGACGAGGUUGUAAAUUGUCAUCCUUUACUUCACCCAAUAGUAUUGAAUUUACUGAUUAGACUUUUUGAAUCGAAACAAGAUGAAUUGGAAAUUUUAGUCCAGCUGGAAAUGCGUAAAAUGUUAUUAGAUCGUAUGGUUAAUCUCUUAUCCCGAGGCUGUGUAGUUUCUGUGGUGAAAUAUGUAAAACAGUGUUGGCAGAAAGGUGAUACAGAUAUAUCUUUGAUAAGAUAUUUUGUUAUGGAGGUUCUAGAAACAAUAGCUCCACCUUAUACUCCAGAAUUUGUACAAUUAUUUUUACCAAUGGUUGAAUGUGAUGAUAUUACGGGAUCUAUGAGGGGAGAUGGUGAAAAUGAUCCAGUAUCAGAAUUCAUAGUUCAUUGCAAAGCAAAAUUUAUGGUUGUGUGAUAGAUAUAAAUUAAUACGAAAAAUAGUCAUAUUUUUCAAAUAUUGAAAUCGAUACCAUUUGUUGGUAUGUUUAUAUGAACUGCU